AUGCGUCAAAAUACCAUUGAUACGCCCAUACCUAAAUACAAUUUGAUCGAGAAAUGCCACCGUUCCACGCUUGGCAUAGCUGCCAAGGCGAACUUCACUUCUCUGAUUAGUUGCCAAAGACUUGGCAUAGAGAAGAAGGCCCUGGCUUUGAACUUCAGCCCUGAAAUGGCUUUGAGGAGCGGUGAACCUUUGGAAUAUACGUGUGAAGUGCUGAAAUGCGCUGAAGCUGAAGGCGGCUUGUCUUUGACUAAUGAUACGAGAUAUGAUUACUACAGCAUAUACGGGAAACCAUUGCCAAAUGUGAACUCCACCUGUGUUCCGGCCGCUGGCAUGUUCUUCUUGUUACUCAAAAAGCGGAACUUCACCCAAGUCCAGGCUAGCUGCAAGGAAAUCAACGGAGUGUUGGCCGACGUGAGCAGCGAGCAGCGUACCGACGCGUUGGGCCAGCUGCUGACCAGCGCUGGCAUCUCCGCAGCAUAUGUUGGCAUGUGGAGCAAGAACGACAGCGUCUUCUAUAGCAAUAACGAUGCAUUAGACUGCACUACAUAUCGCGCCUGGGCACCCGGUUUUCCUCGCAGAAGCACAAAUAUGUCAUGUGUAGUCCUUACUAACUCCCGUAUGUGGAAAACAGUUUCCUGCAAUGUUCGUUAUGAAGCGCUUUGUGAGUUGAUACCUGGGGGACCAUACAAAAGAGGAUCUAUAUUUCCUACAAAACCACGAAAUGGUUAGAAACAUAUUUGCUAUUAUUUUGCUUUCAGGCGUUAUUAAUUUAUUGUACGUACUUAAUCAAAUUUUUGGAAAAUUGAAUACUACUUUUUUGAAAGAUGGGUAACAUACCAAUAAAAAC